AUGAAACCGGACCAUAAUGAGCAAGAAGAUGAUGCGAGCAUUUUAGAAACAUUGAAGGCUGAACAUGAAAUCUUGAAUACUUCAUCUGAUUCUGACUUUGAAUACGCUGAGAGUGAGUUGGAUAACACUUUAGAGCCAAAAGAGCUUGAACAAGCUAAAGAAGAGCUGGAGUUAAUCCCACGCUAUGGGCUAACUAAUCUUUGUUUCGCAUCAUGUCCAGAGUUCUUCGAAGACCCUACCAGUGUGCGAGAAUCAUUGAAAAGUCCUGACAAAGAAAAGUGGGUUGAAGCGAUGCAGGAGGAGCGAAAGGCCUUCAAAGAGAACAAUGCUUGGAGUCCAGUGAGUGAGUUACCUUUAGACAAAACUCUAGUGCAGUACAAGUGGGUUAUCAAAAGAAAAAUUAACACUGAUAACAGAGUGAAUUUUAGACCGCGUUUAGAGGCUGAAGACUUCAUGCAGAGGCCUGGAAUUGAUUUAUUUUUUGUUUAUUUAUUGAAAAACAACAGCGAUGCUAUUAUUUUAUAA